UUGAGAACGGGACGUUGCGUCGUCUUUCGCACUCUAUACGUUCGGGAGGUAACAUUUCUUUUAACUUGGGUUCUUUUGGUUAUAUCCGCGGUGUCGAACCGUUAUCGAAUCCAAGAUGAAGUAUAAUAGGUUGGUCUCCUCCUCACGCAGGAAGAACAGGAAGAGGCACUUCACGGCACCCUCGCAUGUUAGGAGGCGGCUCAUGUCCGCCCCGUUGUCGAAAGAACUACGGCAGAAGUACAAUGUGCGCUCAAUGCCGAUCCGCAAGGAUGACGAAGUACAAGUUGUACGUGGACACUACAAGGGCCAACAAGUAGGCAAGGUAGUCCAGGUAUAUAGGAAAAAAUUUGUCAUAUACAUCGAGCGGAUUCAACGUGAAAAGGCAAACAGUGCAAACGUAUAUGUUGGUAUUGAUCCUUCUAAGACGGUUAUCGUCAAGUUGAAGAUGGAUAAGGAUCGCAAGAAGAUUAUCGACAGACGAAGUAAAGGUAGACUCGCUGCACUGGGCAAAGACAAAGGAAAAUACACAGAAGAUGUGACAGCUGCUAUGGAAACAUCAUGAAUUCUGAUAUUUUUCUUUGUGUUUACGCUAAUAAAAAAAUGUUAAAACCAAAA